AUCCGACUUCAUUCGAAUAAAAGUACGGAGAGGCCCAAUACAGAUUUCUCACUCAAUGCACCAACGCCUGCCCAUAAAUUGGCAUCACUUCCGAACCCUGAGGUACUACUGUCGGACUCGUGUCCAAUUUGAGGAUUAUGGUCGCCGAACGCCGAUAUAGGUAUUUGGACAAUUUAUCGACACGCAGAGACAUUCUUUUCUAACUUCCCUACUCUCCUACAUCUUUUCCACGCCAAAGCCAAUUUGGAGUGCUUUAUGCUGAAGCUCUUAGACUUCAUUUAUCUCAAACACCUUGUUACUCAAAAUUCCACCAUUUCACCUUAGGUUCGUUUCAAGUUCUUUUGUUUGGUUGUCAGUGAGGCAUAGGUAAAAAAAAAAAGAAAAAGAAAAAAGAAGGAAAUGGUUCUCACAAAUUUCAAUGGCACCGGUGUUGGAUUUGGUUUCGGCGUUGGAUGUGGUUUUGGUAUUGGAUGGGGUUUUGGAGGCAUGCCUUUGCAUAUAAUGGGUCUUGGUAUAGGUGGUGGAUGUGGGGUAGGACUUGGUCUUGGAUGGGGCUUUGGAUCUGCCUUUGGUAGUCAAUACCGUUCCAGUGAGAUCACAUUUCAGGGCAUCAAUUUCAAUGCCACAAGUCAAGCCAAUGAGACUACAGCUUUGUCAAAUAGGCAGGACGGUUGUACUUCAAAGUAGCUUUCACACUGUUCAUUCGUCAUAAUGCUGCCGUAACCUUAUCAAUCAAAGGUGUGUGGGCUUCAGAGAACUAGACUUGCAUAGUAUUUUAUGAUCUCUAUUUUUUAGACAAUUAUGGUACAAUAUGAUUUCCUAUUGAACAACAAAAGGAUGCAAUAUCAAUAUGAUAUUUGAUAUAUGUAUCAGUCAAGUGCCUGGAAAAUUUGUGGUGAAAUUGGAAUGAGCUUCUACUUACAAUUGGGGAUACCUCCCACCUUGGCUUUA